AGUGCUGCCGAUGGGUGGAGCUUACGGUUGUGACGUUGUGUGAGUGCAGGCGCAAUGGAUUCCAGUUUUUCAGUUCUAGUCGGAGAGAAUGGUUUGAAGCUCGAUGGAAGGAGUACGACGAAAUUGACGGUUAUUCACAGGUGUGUUGGUUUGAAUCAUAAAUCACAGCCUGGGCCAAAAAGGGGCAAACUGUUGCGGUCUCUUUCCUUCUACCGGUAAAACAUGACUGCAGACUGACAGGGACAUAACAAAACAACGGUGCCAUUCAAGUGCACGGCGUAGAGUUUUUAGAGAGCUAUCAGAUGCAAUGGUAAAAAGCAUACUCGUCAGUAUAUUGUAGACCUCUUAAUACAUUUGACGGAUUCGUGUCGAGUGGAGUAUCCUUGCGCGCUCUCUCUCUGCAGUGCUAGUGAAGUUUUUUGGUUGCGGCAGCAGCGGCGGAAUAAUUCCGAGUGUGUGAUCUGUUGUGCAAACCUUGAACAACUUCUGAUUGUUGAGUGUGUUCUGUACUGCGGUUCUUAGCGGGUCCGUGUUACGAGUUGUCGUGAAACGCCGUGAAUCCUUGAGGCCGUCGUUGUCGUCCAGUGGCGUAUCGCGUGCGCCUGUCGUAGUGCCGUACGGUGCAAGUGCCCCCAAAGUGGUCCAUUAUCAACCAUCAAUCAGUUAUUUAUUGUUAUUAUUGCAAUUCCCAAGUCAAGCCACGCCACGUCACGCCAAAGUCAAAGAGCGAUCCGGUCGCGCGCGGCAGACCUUCUCGAGUGGAAGACUUAAGUUCAAGUGCUGAAUUAUCGCAACUCUCCUGGAGUAAGUGGUGUGCUCGGGCGUAUUUGUCCAUUUAUUAUCACGAUAGCAUCCUUGAUUGAUACUUUUGCAAAGAGAGCGUCGGAGUGUACUUAUGGCUAGUGUUUGCUUGUUUUAUGCUUCCUGAAAUACAUUCUUAACCCAAGCGGUUGCCCUAGAUUUCAAGGAUUUUCUCAGACAAGGUCGAUUAUCCAGACAAGUGUUGGUGAUUCUGUGAUUGCUCAAGGUCGCCUUCAAAUGACUUCCUCGAUCUGCAAACCCGCCUAAUGUCAGUAAGAACAAAAUAACUGGAGAAAAUCAUGCAAAUGUUUCAGUGAGUUUUAAUCGGCGAUAGUAUCCAAAAUUAAAAACAAAAUUUUGAAAAAAAGUGAACCCUAGACAGUGUUACAUCCGUCCUUCACCAGAUACAAACGGUACAUGUCCACCACGUUGUCCAGUGUAUCUGGAGUGUAUCCAGACGAUUCCGAGCAAGAGCAUGGACUGUUACCCGAUCUAAAUGGUGUUGAUCUGGUUAUGAGCCUAUCACCGAAGGGAAGCCAUCACCACCAUCACCAUCUGACCAGCCUCCAGCAUCUGCAGAAUCUCCAGCACAAUUCUCUGCACAGCCACUCGACGCCGUUCAGUGUCACCGACAUACUAAGCCCCAUUGAAGAGUACCGCAAGCUGGAACUCAGUGCCAACCCCCCGUCUCCCUAUAGCGGCGGCAGCAGUGUCAAUUCACCCGGUGCCCUCGGAUCCAACACGCCCUCGGCGGCGGCAGCAGCAGCGGCAAGCAGCAUGGCCAACCCGUACGCAAUGGGACCGCUGUAUCAUAGUCCCGGGGUGCAGAGCUACUGUGGCCCCACCGAUAACCUAUCGCUGGCGGGCCAUUACACCGAUAUGCGAAACUCGGCGGCCGCUGGUUGGUACGGAUCUACCGCUAGUGAUCCACGAUUUGCAAUUUCCCGGCUUAUGGGCGGUUCGGCGGGCGGCACCAUGGGCCAUGCAAUGUCCAACAUGGGAAGCCUGGCGGCGUGCAGCGUAACCGACACCAAACCCAUGCAAUUUCCCUUGGCACAGCGGCGGAAACGGCGGGUGCUCUUCACACAGGCUCAGGUGUACGAACUGGAGCGAAGAUUCAAACAACAAAAGUACCUGUCUGCGCCCGAACGGGAACACUUAGCCAGUUUAAUACAUCUCACACCCACCCAGGUUAAGAUAUGGUUUCAGAACCAUCGGUACAAAUGCAAACGGCAAGCCAAGGAGAAGGCAAUGGCAGAACAGAACCAGCACAACCAGUCAGCCAGCUCACCACGACGUGUGGCCGUACCAGUACUAGUUAAAGAUGGCAAGCCGUGUUCCGGCGGCUCUAAUUCCAGCGCUUCUGCUCAGCAGCAACAGCAGCAGCAACAGCAACAACAACAGCAACAACAUCAGGCCGGCCAACAGCAGCAGCAGCAACAUUCUCUAGGUGGCGGCAGCGGAAGUUCUCUGACAGCCGGAAGUGGCGGAGGCGGAAGUGCCAGUAGCGGGUCCAGCGUGAUCCUGACUAGCGAUUCGCAUCAGACCCACUCGCCGGAUACGGCCACCACGACGCUUCUGGCCUCCUACAACGGAACCCACAACGUGACCGGCCAAAUGCUCCAGCAGCCGUGCAAUAACAGCCUGAUGUCCAACAGUUUGGCCAUGGCGUACCGGAACCAGAACAACUUCAUGGCCAACACCCACCAGCAGCAGUGCGGAAGCUACCUUCCGCUGCAGACGAGGGCCUGGUAAUAUUAGUUGAUUUGUUAGGUUUUUAUUCUUGAAUGCUUAAUUUAAUGUUUGGUAGUCGAAGGAUGUUUUUCACAUUUUGUUGCAAACUUCCCUCGUCCCGUGCCAGAAGAUGGGGAAGCAAUGACCCCGAAUACUUAAAAAAAAUCAAACUUCAGGGGGGUCUCUAAUACUGUAACAGCGUUGAAGCGUGGAGAGCAGGUUGAAAUACUUACACAUGGAAGAUUAAACUAAAUCCUGUACAUAGUAAGGUUAAAUAAAGCAACAACUUAUAGCCAAUAAGAUCAAUUCCGCGGACAAGCCUGACCCUUUCUCAAAUAAUUGCUGCUUCUUUUGGGAUGAUUUUUCUUCUUAACUCCAUAAGGGUAGUCCCCGCAGCAAGAAGACACUCGAUAUACGAUUGAUAUCACAUUGGAUUUGAGAGUUACGCAAGUACAACUGAGAACAAAAAUAUUACUGUAAUAAAAUGCAAGUGUAGCAAGUCAAGAAGGACGGUGAAGACAGAAAACAAAACGAAAACUAAAUAAAGUAACACCAACCGGCCACACACAGACAUAAACAAGCGCUAGAGAGAAUUUAUUACCUAAAAAAAAGAAAACACGUAAACAUCGAUAAAUCGCAAUAAUAGUAGCGUCAAAUCAUUUACAACAGCAUGUAGCAAUCGACCUCUGCAAGAGAUCAAGAUGAAUUUCCGAACUUUUUCUGCACAACUUACUUAGUAUGAUCUUCACGUCAAUGUUUUGCUUUUUAUCAAGAUUAAAAACAUGUUUCCAUCCAAACUUUGAAGUCAUUUUGAUUUUUUUUUUAAAUAAUAUCGACUUGAGACUCUAAAUUUGAAUUCAAAUGAAGCUGUUGAGCUUCGUUUUAAAAAAAAGUUGCAAAUCAUUUUCAUACAAAUGUUUUUAUAAUUUGAUCUCUUGCAACUGCAGGAUUACUCGUGAUCAUUUGGUUAAAAUGUGUACAAAGAUCAAUUAUUAAUCCAUCGGAAACCACUCCGUUACUCUCACAUCAAACGGAAAUCUGUUAAAUUAAAUUAAAUAAUUUGUACAUAGUCGAAGGGAAUGCAAAAAAAAUCAAUCUUUCUCGAACUAACUUUCCAAAAAUGAAUUGAAUCCAUUUGAAUCGUUGGCCUCCGGUAAAUCGAGAAAGACAGAUACCGACCGUAAAAAGUGUAAAUAGUCGAAAGCUUUGUUCAAACGUUGGUUUUUUUGGCCCACAACGAUACCACAUCAGUAGUCAAAUCAACCUGCAGCAAUUUCAAAUUCGAAAAAUCAUCCGAUUCCCCGAUACAAAGGUAGAAAGUAGAAAAGCCAAUUCCAUAAAAUAAAUCUUCAUAAAAUAAACAAAAUGAACUAAACGCUUUUCCGGUAUUUAUAUCAUCAAAGCGAGAGGAAAGGUUACAGUUUUUUUACAAGCAGCACAUUGAUAGUUGAGGAUAGAAGUGAGGAUACCCACAAGCUGUACGAAGGUAAAUUAAUUAAAGCAAAUUAGAAUUUUAAGGAACAAAGUUAUUUAAUUUAAUUCGUAUUUGUAAGUGAUAAACUAGCGAAAAGAGGGGACAAAAGACACAGCUAAAUUCCAGAACACUUAAUCGAACAAAUCGAAUCCAGCACGCAGAGCGCGUCCAAGCCCGUUGUGUAAGUUUGUAUUAAAAUUGAAAGAAUAUAGAAUGUGACAAGUAAUGGAAACACAAAACGUGAAAUAAAUAUAUUCAACGAUAAA